AUGGCAGUAGAGAGCGAGGAAGAAAUGGAGCCAAAGAGCAGUGAGAAGAGCGCGCAGCAUUUCUGCCCACCUGAAAACAUUGCUCCAGGCGCCGUGGAAGACAUGCCUGCCGUCUCCCUGCUACAGGUGGCCGGGCCUGGUACAUGCAAUGGGUGUGCGCAAUGGGCACGCGCAGCUCUGCACACGCACAGCCGUGGCGUUUUCAGCCGUCUCCAGUGGAACUUAACCAAAAUCGGACUGUCUGCUGCAUCAUCUCCUGUCGACCAUUUUCUGGAUAUUCGCCUGUCUGGGUGCUUUGCUGAUCCUGCUGGGUCCUGCCUGAUCCCCAUAGGUCCCAGAGGUGAAGCUCUGCAUCAUGGCCAGUCUGGGACCCUGCCCCGCUUCCUGGAGGAGCCCGUUGAUGCCUACAUUAUUAAAAGCAACCCCAUCAUGCUGCGGUGUCAAGCCCGGCCUGCGCUCCAGAUCUUCUUCAAGUGCAAUGGAGAGUGGGUCCACCAGAGCCAACACAUGUCUCAGGAGAUCACUGAUGUUGUGACAGGGCUGAAGAUUCGUGAAGUGACGAUCAACGUGUCACGUCAGCAGGUAGAGGACUUCCAUGGUCCGGAGGAUUACUGGUGUCUGUGUGUGGCCUGGAGUCACUUGGGAACCUCCAAGAGCCGCAAGGCGACCGUCCGCAUUGCAUACCUGAGGAAGAACUUUGAGCAGGACCCUCAAGGCACCGAAGUGCCUCUGAAUGGCAUGAUUGUGCUGCACUGCCGUCCCCCAGAGGGAGUGCCUGUGGCUGAGGUGGAAUGGCUGAGAAAUGAGGAUUCUCUACAUUUUGGUGAUGGUGGUUUGAUCAACAUGAGAGGUGGCCAUGAUCUCAUCGUCUCUGAAGCUCGACUCUCUGACUCUGGGAAUUACACGUGCAUUGCCAGCAACAUUGUGGCCAAGAGACGCAGUGCCACAGCCUCAGUUGUGGUUUAUGUGAAUGGAGGCUGGUCAUCGUGGACAGACUGGUCCCCGUGUAGCGUACGAUGUGGUCGGGGUGUGCAGAAACGUUCUCGAACUUGCACAAAUCCAGCUCCCCUCAACGGAGGAGCCUUCUGUGAGGGAAUGUCUGUGCAGAAGAGUCCAUGCAACACUGUAUGUCCAGUUGAUGGUGGUUGGGGACAGUGGACUGAGUGGUCUGUGUGUAGCUUGGACUGUGAGAGGCAGCGCAGCAGAGAAUGUACAGCUCCUGAGCCCAAACAUGGAGGAAGGCUGUGCGACGGGGUGGCGCUGGCUGCAGACAACUGCACGGGUGGCAUGUGCACGCAGAACCGUAAGUUACUCCACGAUGCAAAGCCUCAAGGUGUGGAGAGGACCAGUGAUGUGGCCUUGUACUCGGGCUUGGCAGUGGGGGUGGUGACAGUGGUACUACUGAUAAUCGCCGUCACUCUUUAUCGGCGAAGCCAAAGCGAGUAUGGUGUUGAUGUCAUUGACUCGUCUGCCCUCACCGGGGGGUUCCAGUCGUUCAGCUUCAAGACGUCCCGACAAGCAAACCCUCUGCUCAUUAAUUCAUCCAUGCAGCCCGACCUGACGGUGUCGCGAACGUACACCAGCCCCAUGUGUUUCCAGGACUCCAUUGACAAGGAGAUAAUGGCUGAGCACUCACUACUCAACCCGCUGCCUGAUCUGAAGGCCAAAGGGAUGGCAGAAAGGGCAGAGUACCACAUCAUGUCCCACCCUCAGACAUUUCCACGGGGCCUCGCUCCAGACUACAGAGAGGUUCCUGUAGGGACAACACUGGGCCGAAGAGGCAGAAACCUUUUCACUCAGCAAGCCUUUCAGCCUCACAGCAGGCCUCUGAACAAAGCAACCGCGGUGUUUGGCCACGCUGGAGGCAGGCUGGUGGUGCCAAACACAGGUAUCAGUCUGUUGGUGCCUCAUGGGGGGAUCGCAGAAGACACUACCUGGGAAAUGUACAUGAGCAUCAACCAGGAGGACAGCAGCACCGUGUCCGAGGACGGGUCAGAGAUCUUUUUGAGCCCUACAGUCACAUAUGGCCCCCCAGGCCUGGACCUGUCCUUUCCAACAGCCAUGACCAUAGCUCAUUGUGCCGAAGCUGCUGCUGAGAACUGGAGCAUCAGAUUAAAGAGACAGAGCCCAGACAACAAGUGGGAGGAAGUGAUGUCUGUAGAUGAGGAGAGCACUUCCUGCUAUUGUCUGCUGGAGGCCCAUAGAUGUCAUGUGCUACUGGGGCAGCCGGGACAAUAUGCGCUGGUGGGGAAGCCUUUGAACCAGGAGGCAGCCAAGCGACUCCGGCUGGCAGUGUUCGGAAGUUCUGAUUCCAGCAACUCUCUGGGAUUCACCCUUCGGGUGUACUGUGUGGAUGACACACCCCAUGCUUUUCAGAUGGUGGAUGCUGUCUAUCAUGGUGCGCUAAGAUUCAUAAUUGGCUGUAACUAA